UACCAGUACCAGAAAAUAUGGAAGAUUAAGAUGAUGGAAGCGCCAAUCUUUGAGGUAAAAGUGUUCAUUUUGACGCAUCUUCACUUCAUUACAUAUUCAUGUUCAGUUCAAUCAACAUUAACAGUUGAACCCGUUGAAGUACAUAUUUAAAUACAACAAAUAUUUGACCAAAAGUGCAACUGGACGAAAAUGACCCAAAUGGAAAUCGAUAAUUUGAUUGAUAAUCUGGAGAGUGAUUUACGUUCACCCAAUAAACCAAGUAAAGGGUCAGCGUUGAAAUCGAGAUCAUCCAAACAUCAAGAAAUACGUAAACAUCAGAAAUCCUAUUAUUCAGAGAAAUCGGUCGUUUUCCCACCGAACCAGAAUGAAAUAAUCAAGGAGGAUACACCUCAAAAUGAAGUUAAAGUCAGUUCUGUGCCCGUUAAAGCAAAAGCUAAAAUGUUUGAUAAAAUUGUUGCGAGUUCAAAAAGUGAUUCUAAAAGUGAUUCUGGUCUAGUCGAGACUCAUGAACGUAAAUCUCGUCCAAUAACACGAGAUAACAGUCGCAGUAAUCCGAUGGCAAUUGCAAAGCUUCGUUACCGUUCAACAUCAUCAUCAAGCCACCGAAGUCCAAGUAACCAUUAUGACAAUAAAGUUACUUAUCGAAGAUCAGAGUCCUCACCAAGAAGACAAGAAUUCUUUCGACAUCGAGAUUCGAGACACGGAAAGCCUCUUCCAGGAGUCAACCAAUUUAUUGGUUCUUCUUGGCCAAAUGGGUUGGAUCAAGCAGGAAACCGUGAUUCUGAUGAAGGAAUCCAUUAUAAUCGUUAUCCUCGACCAGUCUAUUCACCUCAACCAUCCUCGGUUGGCUGGUCAACUCCUGCCUCCAGUCCCGAGCCUCCUCGUGAAAUGUCUCCGAUCAAGAAAGUUUUUGUGAAGCGACAAGAGGCCAAUCCACCGUCACCAUUACCUGAUUACAUGAAAAACUUGCGUCUAAUGGAAAUAAAUGAUCCACCUUAUAGCCAUGUAAUACCACCUAAAUUUGGCACUUUAACUCGUCGUCGAUAUCCCAACAUUGCUAAGGAUCCGAGUCCUCAUGGUCCACCUUGUGGUUUAUGUUAUGAACCUAUUGAUGAAGAUCGUUGUAUUGUCCAAGAAGGUGUUCAAUAUCAUGUUUGGCAUUACGCUUGUUCAUAUUGUUUGGUCACUUUGAAACAAAAUGAUUUCACUAUUGUUAAGGAUAAUAAGCCAUUUUGUACGAACUGUUACAGGCGAAUGCUUGUUCCCAAUAAUUGAGAGAAACUCUGUUGAAUAUUAGCUUACAAACAAACUGUAAUCAAUAUUGAAAUUAACCUAAUCUAUUUAUUUAUGUAACUUGGCAAGUUUCACUGGUUAGAGUUAUAUCAACUCCAAUCGCACAGAAAAUUGUGACACAUAAAUAUACAACUCAACUAAUUUGGAGCUGAUUCAUCCUUAUUUUUGAUUUAAAGAUUCAAUUGUAUUGAAAAAAGUCUGCAUUUCAAUUCUAUGUAACUUUAUUUUGAAUAAUAUCUAAUAAAUAUAAAAUUCAAUCAAUUCAA